CGUUCGUUGUUGUGUACUUAUAUCAAGCUCACGCCUCUUAGACGUAGAGAUGUUUCUGAUAGUAUGAAGAUAAGAUGUCAUUUUGAAUUUCACUCCCACUUCUUAGUGUUAUUAAAAUAGCCAAUCAUUGACUUCUAACCACACUUUGCAGACUGAUAUAACAUUAUUAAGGAUGAUGUGUAAUAUACUCUAUAAACAUAACCUGCUUGUUCUAGCAUGGAAGUGUGCAUCAUUAUCAAUCCCUUGUGUAUUAUCUAGCGCGAAUAAAAAUAAUACUCUCAGUAUUAUCAUUAACUACAAAAUGGGAAUACCCAAACAAAAUUAUUCCUCUUGUAAAACUAAACCUUCCAAAGUGUCAGAUCUUCAAAAGGAAUGGUCAUUAUGUUUUGAAACAAAUAAAAUACCAGAACCCGAAUCUUCAGUGAAGUACAUUAUAGAGCAUGUAUUAAAAAUAAAAGAGCCCUAUCAAUAUGAUUUAGAGCAAAACAGAGAGCUCACAGAAGACCAAGAAAAACAGAUCAGGACUUUGUGUGAAUGCAGAUUGGCAAGGUGAAUAAGGAUGCCAGUUCAAUAUAUAAUCAAAGAGUGGGACUUCCGAGAUCUACAGCUGACCAUGAGUCCACCUGUGUUUAUUCCGCGGCCGGAGACAGAACAGUUAGUUGACCUGGUACUGGAAGCAGCUCCACCUGAUGGACUAUUCCUGGAGAUUGGCUGUGGCUCAGGUGCUAUUUGCCUCUCUCUACUUAAAGCUCUUCCAAAGGCUAGAGUGGUAGCUGUGGAUCAGAGCAAGAUGGCCUGCCAGCUUACUUCUGACAAUGCAUUACGGAACGACCUAACUUCCAACUUGCAGGUGGUGCGUAGCAAGUUGAAAGAGGAUGGCACUCUUAGUGAACCACUUCCCCAGGAGGUGAAUCAGGUGGAUGUCCUGGUGAGCAACCCUCCAUAUGUGCCCGCUUCUCAGCUUGUGGACUUGCAGCCCGAAAUAAAAUUAUAUGAGGAUCUGCGGGCACUGGAGGCAGGCCGUGACGGUCUACGUGUCAUCAAAUCUCUGUUGCUGCUUGCUCAAUCAAUACUGCGUCCAGGUGGUCUCAUCUUCCUGGAGGUGGACACUUCUCACCCAAAACUCAUCCAGAAGUGGGUUGCAGAUUGUCCACAGUUAAACAUAACUUUUGUGAAAACUGUUAAAGACUUUUGUGAAAAAGACAGAUUUGUAAAGUUGAGAAAAUUAUAACAUAAUGUGAUUA